AGGGCAUUCCCGUGUCAGUUCAGCAGCUUAUAGACGCAAGAAAGAGCUCCGACCUGUACAAGAACACCCGCGUUGUAAGCUGGCAUUGUGAGCCCAAGACAGCCAUAAGGGAGGGGAGCUCUUCACCUACGACUCCAUAGACAUGGAGAUUAAGAACGACAAGACAAUUGUGAAAGAAAAACUUUGCGAGAAGUUUGUGAAUUGCGAGCUUCGACUCAUUGAGUCGUCAAAGCUUCCAGUAAAAUGUUGGAAUGAUGGCGAGCAGGGACUGGUGCGCCUCACCCAGCAUGACGGACAGCACGUGCAUGAGAGAGAAUAUCAAGGCAGCUGGACACUGAAAAGUCUCGCCGCUAGAGGAGAUUUCUGGUCAGAAGAUGAUGAUUAUGAUUCAGCUUCCGGUCAGCCCUUGGCGCGCUGCCUUCACGUGGUCAAGUCCGUGGCUGAUGCCAUGUGUCAGCUACAUCGUCAAGAAUGGCUAUUUCGAGAUUUUCGAGUAUCGAAUAUUCUAGUCAACUACGACACAGGAGAGGCAGUGCUUGCUCGGAUUGGGCGAAUGCGUCAUCUGCGUGCGGCGGAGGACAGUGUGCACGAGGAACCUUUCCAGGACAGCUGGCGUAGAUUAGCCCCUGAAGUGCUUGUUGCACACACCUACAGCCGCGCAAACGAUGUAUUUAUGUUUGGAACAAUGAUCUGGGAGCUCUUUCACAUAAGGGAGGAGAGCAGAAUAAAUCCCAGGGCAACGGACGAGGACAUGGAACCCUGCGCUGAUAUUCCCAGGCACGAGGUUAUAAAUUACAUCAGAGAAGGAAUGUCACUACCGAACCACGAAAGUUGUCCAGUCUGGCUUUAUGAGUUGAUUUUGCAGUGCCGCCAUCCCAACCCUCUGCAAAGACCCACUGCUGAGCAAAUCGUGGAAACUCUCGCUAGAAACUCAAGCGACACAGCGUCCAUAGGACCUCUCAUGUUCAAACCUUUGGCAAGCGCGGUUCCAGAGGAUGCACUCAGUGAAGAAACAGACGAACUUCCUGAUGUACCAGCACGAAACAGGAUUUCUGCUUAUAUCAGAAGGCAUCUUCCUAGCAAGAAAAUAUGGACCAGAGGGACCACAAUUCGAAGGUCAUACAAGCGAACCACUAAGAAACACAAGGAAGGCAUCGACAAUCGCACUUUUCUGAACGAGAAUGAAAAUCACCGUGGUUCCGAAAGAGCUGCCAAUCGUAACAUUACUUCACCACUUACAGACCACGAAAUGCCUUAUCUCAGUCUGGGACAGUUUUCAAAACAUUCCAGAGGAUCUCUAGAGCGCAGCAGGAGUAAGGAGCAGAAAGCUUUAAAGCGAAGCAUCAAGUUCGAAUGUAACCAUGUCCGAUUUGGAAAAAAACGAGCGAAGUGAACAGAAAAGCCACUUAACAAGUAAAAUCCCGAGAGAAAAGACCAAAGAACAAUCUGUCGAGUCCUGGAGACACGGAGCAGACGUUUGUUAAACAAUUCAUGGACGUGGAAGAAGAUUCUGACGACCAUUACGACACGUUAAACAAUUCACAGGUGACUGGUUAUUUUCCCGGUGACAUUGGUCACACGUGCAACUGAACCGCGCCAUGGCAGCCUGUCUACAAUCGUCUUCCGCAAGGGGCAAGAUCUGCCCCGAUAUCACCAAAUGUGAAGACAGAAUUUACUGGUGUCAAAGGUCACACAUUGUCAGUAAUUCAUGAGACUGGCCGUACAACACCAGAAAGUCCUAGUAGACAGGAAAUGGUGACAACAAGACACGUGAACAAAAAGACGACACACAGAAAAGUGCCUUCCAUAUCCCAAAUUGUAAUCGUGAGACAGAAUACAAAUUUUAUGAGCCAGUAGAACUAGCAUUACCGCCAUCAUCGGGUGGCUCAUCCAGUUUGGAUCAACACAGCCAAGACAUUCAGUCUGAGAAUGUUCAUAACAGCGAAAAAGACUACGAUAAACUGAACGAUCAGCUAUCUGAUCAUUGUACUAAUCCUGAAACAGAUUAUACUUCUCUUGUAUGCACUUCGGUCACAACCAUUUCUUCUGAGUCUGAACCUCAUCAGCAGGAACAAGAUCAGAAUUCUCCCAAUGCAGGUUGCAGUCAUCACACAUCUUUUCUUUGGCCGGACCACACUCAAACAUCUAAAAGUAGGCUUGACUAUGUAUACGUGGACGGACGCUCAGAAAAGAAAACUGAACCAGAAAACAUUACAUUAAAUAAACAGAGGCAAUUGGAGGAAAUGGAACAACAAAGCAGCUCAUUAGAACACUCUGGAUCAUUUGUCGCUUCGUCUUCUGCCUCGUGGGUUUCUUCAGAGUCGGAAGAUUAUUCGAGCACAGAUGCUAGCUGCCAAUAUUGCAAAGAAAGUUUUUGUCAGGAGUGCAGUGAACACUUAACAACACGAUGGACGGUCCACACUGAACAGCAGCAACAGCUACAGCAGCAGUGUAUGGCCGUGUGCUUGGACAAUGAUCCCCUCAGAUGCAAGCUGUUAUGUCCACAUAAAACAGAAACUUUAAAGAACAAAAGUGUUGUCAAAAGAAGACACAGACUUGAAGGAGACGCGUUCUUUUUGGAGUCCAAUACAUUGUCUCCUUUAAAAUUUAAUAAUCCAUAUCUACCAAAAGUUAGCCACGUAGAUUGGGAAAAUGGUAAAAUGGAGCAGUUUUUUCUAGAGGACUUCGAUGGUUCUGGUAACAAGGCUGAAAUCUAUGUAUAGCGUCCACCACACUCUGUGAUGUAAAACUGAUGAGAACACACUGUUUGCCUUUGAUGAUACUUUUUACACUUGUCAGAUGCUGUUUUGUCCUCUAGAAGAACUGAAAUACAUGUAUGAGUCAUGUAAAUGAAAACCCAAAAUCGUGUGCGCGAAUACUCAAUCCUCUUUAAUUAGACACAACUGAUCACAUUACACUUCAUCAUAUAAAAAUCAAAUUUGUACGAGGCUAUUUUCAGCUGCAUCCCACACACUAUCUUACAGAAAUGAUUGUGUGAAUGUUAUCGUGAGCAUUUAGAUAAAAAAAAUUAGUUCAGUAGAUACUGCAUGGCUAAUGCCAGUUUGUCCUGCCAAUUAAAGAUGACUGUGCAGAGUUGAACCCACUGGGAUCCGCGUGCGACCGUAGUCCACGUGACCUAUGGUCACUCAAAGUCAAAACUACAGCGAUCAGUAAACUGACAGUCAAGUGAGUUCAUGUGUAAUUAAUACUCACUUUCAGCAGCCAAUGAGCUGGGUGCAACAGAUCAAAGAUGUUAUGUGGUGAGUGAGAACACCACAAUAAUGUUUUCAAGUGUUGUAAAUGAUGUAUCGCUUUUAACUUAAUAGCUGCACAUAUGUGGUAGUUUUUUUAAAGGACAGAACCAGUGACGACUGUGAAUUGGUUCUGUCCCCAGUAUGAAGACACGAGUCCUUUCCUUUAGAGGUUUCUUAAUCUUCUCCAUUCACGCUAAAGAAAACUAACCUUCUCCGUUAGUUUCUAUUAUAUCGGGUGACCGAUGGACCGUCUUGCUCACCUGCCCUACCCUCAUCUUGAAUGCAUUGUUUUCUUGUGGUCCUCGUGGUUCAUUGACCUAAUCAUUUCUUUUGAUAUGCUUUGCUGUUCUAUACUACUGUACUGCGCAUUGGAACCUUUGCUGUGAGUGACAGGCGCGUUCUCACUCACUCACUCACUCACCAGAAUUCUCCGAUGUAUCCCUUGACUUCUCGCCACCUUCCCGCUCUGGUCAACAGCGUACAUAAUACCUUGAAAGAAAAGUGUACUUCCUAUGGUCGAAAUUGCAGACUACUUGAUGUUGGAAUACAAUAAAAACUUAUUUACUCUCAUUACACAUAACAGGUUCAAGCGAGAUAUUUCUCAGCAAAAAAAGUUUUAUUUUAAUUAUUUAAUCAGGCCCUACUAGAAAAUUUGCGAGGUGAAACAUUGUGUCAUGCACGCUGUUUCGUUUUCGAAAUCAGAGCCCGAAUAUUGGCGAGAAUCUUGAUGUCGGGUUUCACUUUUCAAGACUUUCUUUAUAAGACUCACAUUGACGAUUAUGUGACCAUGUUUCACGAUUUUGUUUACACGACCGUCAUAUACAGCAUUGCAAAAUAUAGCUAUUUAUUAAAUAGCUUGCACCUGGUUAAGAAAGCCGUUUAGUUUUAAAGUUUCUGGACAGGUCUUGCCCACCUCUUCUGUGAGUCAACUGAUCAACCUUAUGCUGCUGAUGUUAAUGUAACCGGUCAACAUUCUCUUCAUUUCACUUUUUCUUAGCUUCUGCAGAUUUUUUGCAGUGUCUUAACCCUUUAAGCUGCGGCCAUCACUCUUUAAUCACCGCUCGCAGCUAAAGUAUUCGCAUUGUUCUUCGUGUUACAUCACGGAGUUUGAUUGUCGUGAAUUACUGUGAUAUGAACAGAAUAAUGAGUUUGCCUGAUGGCUGGGAUAUAGCACUUUACAAUUUAUUAUUGCUAUUAGUAUUGAUUUGUGUUGAUCUAUCACAUCGAGGAUUUCAAUGUAUAAUGUCUAUAGCAUCAUGCUCUCUGAUAUUAUUGUUUCCAAAAGACAAUAUAAAUAGUUUGACUUCGUUUAUUUCAUUAAAAUGAUCGCUGCGCACUGAAAUAAAAUAAAAUAAAAUAUCCUUAA